AUGUCACUGGGGCACCCGGAGCAGGCGCCAUCGACGGCAACACGUGGUGGGUACCUCGGAGCCGGAGGAUUUUUGUUCGCCUCCUCGUUUCUCCUCUCCCCAUCUCCCAGCUGGGCACGCAAUUUACCUUCCGGACCUAGCAAGGCCGAAUUACUGGAAAAAACCAGGGCUAAGGACUCUGAGGAUCCUGUCGAAAAGAAAGCCCGGCUUGCGGCCUUGCGAAAAGAACGCUUGGAGCGUCAACGGCAACUCGAUGCGGAAGAGGAGGCUCGUAAAAAGGAUCCGAACCGUAAAGAGGUAGAUAUCGACGCAAACUUGCGAGCUUCUUACUAUUACCCCACCGCUCAAAAACGCUAUCUUCCACGUGUCAAAGCUGCGGCAGAUGCGUUGCCAGCGGCUCGUGAAGCACUCCAAGCCGGGGAGUGGGAGAAGGUUGAGAGUUAUGCAGCCAAGGAAGCCGACAACGCCGCGCUCCCCUUGAAACUGUAUGCAUCCUCUCUGACAGGACAAGGGCUAUCGUUGGACGUCUCGUACGUCAAAGUGUUGAGCCAACAAGGUGACGUGUAUGGGAAGGAGCUAGAGAACUUCAAGAAAGCUGUGAAAAGCAGGGAUACGACUAAGGCCUUGACGUCGCUAGGGAAGAUGGAGUCCGCCCUGGUACUCUACCGUAAGACAGCCAGGAUUGACAAAGAAGACGGCGGUGUAGGAGAAUUCCCAACGGACACCAAGCUGGGUGCCAGCUUCGGGAACAAUAACCCUACCCUGUACAAGAAGAAGUAA